AUGAUUAGUGAUGGGUGUGGACACACUCUUCUGGGCCCUGAAAGUGGAACUCUUGCUUCAAUAAACUACCCACAGACCUCUCCCAAUAGCACAGUUUGUGAAUGGGAAAUUCGUGUAAAGCCUGGGCAGCGAAUUCAGCUCAAAUUUGGCGAUUUUGAUAUUGAUGACUCAGAUUCUUGUCAUUCCAGUUACUUAAGAGUUCACAAUGGGAUUGGCCCCACCAGGACAGAGAUAGGAAAAUACUGUGGGUUUGGCUUUCAAAUGGGUGGUUUAAUUACUUCAAAAAGUAAUGAAGUCACAGUACAGUUCAUGAGUGGAACACACACUUCUGGACGUGGAUUUCUUGCAGCUUAUUCAACCACUGACAAGUCAGACCUAAUUACCUGUUUAGACAAUGCAAGUCACUUUUCCGAACCAGAAUUCAAUAAGUAUUGUCCAGCUGGAUGUGUGAUUCCUUUUGCUGAUAUUUCAGGCACUAUUCCCCAUGGAUACAGAGACUCAUCAUCACUUUGUAUGGCUGGUGUUCAUGCAGGCGUUGUGUCAAAUACUCUGGGUGGCCAAAUUAAUGUUGUAAUCAGCAAGGGCAUUCCGUACUAUGAAGGCUCCCUGGCUAACAAUGUCACAUCAAAAGUGGGACCGUUAUCUACAAGUCUCUUCACAUUUAAGACGAGUGGUUGCUAUGGGACACUGGGGAUGGAAUCUGGGGUAAUCCCUGAUGCCCAGAUCACGGCAUCAUCUAUUCUUGAGUGGUCUGAUCAAACAGGACAAGUGAACAUUUGGAAACCUGAAAAUGCCAGACUAAAAAGGGUUGGUCCUCCUUGGGCUGCUUUUAUCAGUGAUGAACAUCAGUGGUUGCAGAUUGACUUGAAUAAAGAAAAGAGAAUAACAGGUAUUAUAACUACUGGAUCAACCUUAGCAGAGUACUACUAUUACGUCUCAGCCUACAGAAUUUUAUAUAGUGAUGAUGCACAGAAAUGGACAGUAUACAGAGAACCUGGCAUGGAUAAAGAUAAGAUAUUUCAAGGGAACACUGAAUUGUACCAGGAAGUUCGCAAUAAUUUCAUUCCACCUAUUAUUGCACGCUUUUUUAGGAUUAACCCCUUAAAAUGGCACCAGAAAAUUGCAAUGAAAGUAGAAUUGCUAGGAUGUCAGUUUAGUAUAGGCCGUGCUCCUAAAAUCACCAUGCCACCACCACCUCAGAACAAGAAUGACGACAAGAAUGAUGACUUCAGUGAUGACUUCAUUCAUUCAGUGAAGACUUCAUUGCAGACAGAUAAAACAACUUUCACACCUGAAAUAAAAAACACCACAGUGACUCCAAGUGUAACCAAAGAUGUGGCAUUGGCAGCAGUUCUGGUUCCAGUGCUGGUGAUGGUCUUCACUACUCUGAUUCUUAUCUUAGUUUGUGCGUGGCAUUGGAGAAACCGCAAGAAAAAAACCGAGGGCACUUACGAUCUACCUUACUGGGAUCGUGCAGGAUGGUGGAAAGGAAUGAAGCAGUUUCUCCCGACCAAAUCAGCAGAACAUGAAGAAACUCCCGUACGUUACAGCAGCAGUGAAAUUAGUCACCUAAGACCAAGAGAAGUCCCAACAAUGCUGCAAACAGAGUCUGCAGAGUAUGCUCAGCCACUGGUAGGGGGAAUUGUCGGCACGCUUCAUCAGAGAUCAACCUUUAAACCAGAGGAAGGGAAAGAAGCAAGUUACGCCGAUUUGGACCCUUACAAUUCACCUAUACAAGAAGUUUACCAUGCUUAUGCUGAACCACUACCUAUAACUGGACCAGAAUAUGCAACUCCAAUAAUCAUGGACAUGUCCAGCCAUCCCAGCACGCCUCUUGGCGUUCCUUCCGUUUCCACUUUCAAAGCUGCUGCAGGGAAUCAAGCUCCUCCACUGGUUGGAACUUACAAUAAACUCUUAUCUAGGACAGACAGCACAUCAUCAGCACAGGCGCUGUACGAUACACCAAAGGGGCAACCGGGGCCAGGUGCCGCAGACGAAUUGGUGUACCAGGGAUCCAGGAGGCACAGACUAAGUCAUACAAGCAAACUACGUGGCAACUGCUUUUACAUUUUUCCCUACUAAGUGAAGGCUACUCUGAAUAGCGUCUGCCUCGAAUUCAGACUUCCCUGAUGGUCAAUGUGCAAGAAGCAUCCAGGUGUUCGAGGUGCCUGCAUUCAGAAAGGUUCGCCCUGUCCCCUUGCCCUGCCCACCCCUCUCCCCCCGAGUAUCUGUUGUUGUGUGUUAAGAUGUGAGCUUAUACAAAGAAAGAUAUGUAUAUACUUUUGUGAGUGCUUAAGGAAGCACACAAAUAUUCUAAUGGUGCACAGUUUGUGUUAUACACGCAUUUAGCACAUACGGUACGUUUUAGCACAACUGAAAAACUUUGGCCUUAGGGCUUUUCUUGUGAUUGUUCUUAUUAGAAGUACAAAAGAUUUCAAAACCUUUGCAAGAGAACCAGUACUGUUCCAAAGAGCGUCCAUUUCAGAAGCAUUUAAUUGAAUUUGUAUCCUUUGAAUGUUCCAGUGUUCUCUGCUAUGAAAACAUUGCAGUCAGUCUUCUAUUUGAGAUAACACAGACUAGGUUUAGCUAGGUAAUCACGAAAUGAAAACAAUUUGGAUGUCGUAUUUGCCAUUUUUUAUCUUGUUAGAAACAAAGCACAGCUUUUUAACCUAAGUAGUAGAAAAAACCCAUAAUAAAAAUGCUUUAUUUUUAUUGUAACAGCACUGUUGGGAGGAUGCUGAAUUAAUUUAUACAUGUGAAACCGCCUACCUACACAUUAGUCAGUUUUUUUAUGGACUUCAGUAGUCACUGUUUGUUUCUGUGAUGUAACUCAAGUCAGCCUUGUUUAUUGCCCAGGGUCCUUAAACUAGGUGGAGAACAUGCAAAUCGAAACUAAAAUACCGUUCAAGAGGGCUGCCACCAUGUCUUUAUACCAGUACGGUAUCCUAACUAACUUAUCACUUGAAAAUUUAUUUGCACAGGGGCUAUAUAUAAACUCGGUAGUCCAGAAUGACUUGUGGCCUGUUCAACAUCUAGAAUAUGUUAUUACAUACUCUGUGCUACCUUAAAGCCCAAUUCAUUCUAAUUCAUUGAGAGUGAUAAUUAUUUUCUAGAAUUGGGUGUCUAAGCCUAAAUGUGAAUGUAAGUAAGGGUGGUAUACAGGAUCCAUUCAUGAAAAAGAAAUUCCUGCCUAUAGUUGUAUUUUUGAUGUCAUGCAACUUUUUCUGCUUGAUAAAGCUCAUCUGCAAUCUUUGUAGUUUUGCUUAAACAGGUAAGUAAGUGUUCUUACCCAUCAGCAGCAACUACGACUUUAAAAUUAUCGGAGCUGAUUUAAUUUGAAAGGGGUGGGAGGUUAUUUGUUUGCACCAAGAUGUGACAUUUAUUCCAGCCAAGUUAAGAAACCUCUGCAUUCUCAAACUGUACCAGUUUAGGCUGAGAAAAAUUAAUCUACCAUAAAAAUAAAUGGAUGUGUUCAAGUCAGUAAAAUUAACACUCUUGGAUUUAAUUUUUACUGUAGGUGAAGAUGGUGUACGAUUUAAUUAAACAGUUUCUCUACAGUGGGUUAGUUUUUAAGCAACUGUAAUGCAGUUUCACUUUCUGAGCAGCAUGAGCUGUUGACCAGAAUGGUUCCUUUCAAGAACUUAAGUCCCUUUUCUGAAAGAAAUUGGUCCCAAGCUUUGCUCCUUGCUUACAACUCUGAACAUAUUAUCUGCUAGGGCUAAGAAGAUAAGUUUGAAUAUAUAACAGUUGGGUUUAGAAUGUAUGGUACAAACUGUUAAACAUUGAUUCCCAAAUGUAAGUUGCGUGACACACUUAAGAUUAGCAUUCUCCUGUGUACAAUACAAGCAGAGGUACAUUUAAUGGGUCUCGUCUACAUGUGAAGACAUACAGAUAUAAAAUGUAUUUCAGUCUUUUGUUUGGCUUGAGUAUUCUCCCAGAAUGUAUGUUCUUACCUCAGCAUGUAUUGUAGUUGCUCGGUAUUUGUAUAUGUUGCUAGAACUUAGACUGUAUAAAUAGUGAGGGGUUUUUAUAUGUAUGUUAAAAAGUAUUUUAAAUAAAUUGUA